AUGGUCGAGGACGCCUACUCAAAAAUGGACAAGGACGGGUACUCAAAAACAGACGAAGGCGACUCCUACGAGGACGAAGUUUACAACGGCUACCCAACAAUUGACGAGGCCGACGUGCCUCUAACACCCGACUGGCUAGAGGACCCGCUCACCCUGGAUGAUGUCAACAAAAGGCUUCCGGAAGAUUGGGUCGACGACCCCGAAAUCAUCGCCGAUGAUAAUGACAACCGCAACGAGGACGAUCGAGAGAUAAUCGAAAACGACCCCGAUCUAUUUCGCUAUCCUCUCCUCAAUACCGAACUCAAAUCCAUGUUUUAUUCCCUGCCCAUGCCAAACGCUGGUUGGCGAUACAAGCACGAAUUCGCUCAAGACAUACGAAGACUGUACAGCUACAUCGACACCCACCCCGACUUCAGCAAGCGAGUUUACGAAUAUCUGCGCGGCGACGGCCACGGUACGGGACCCGCGCGCCAAUCCAUCAUCAUCCGACAUUAUAUCAAGAAGCGGUGGGAACGUCUAGGCGUCUGGAACCCUGUCUGGGGUAUCCCUGGCCGUCUCAACCCGGGAUGGAGGGAAGCAUUCUGCUGUUGGAAGUUCAGGUGGGAGCCCCUAUUUUAUUACAACCUCGACCCAGACCACCCUAUUCGCCGUGCGCUUCGGCUUCGUCAAGGGCUUGUACAGGGACAGGUCGGCCCCCGCCACCCACACGCCGCCCUCGCCAGUGAUGCUUCACCCCGUGAGGCGGAAGCCUUCCUGACAUCUCGGCCAUUCUUCAUGCUGAGACUCGAGGAGGCCGAUGAGCUACAGCGCAUGGGUCGGAGCGUGGAGGAGUGGGAUCUCCGCAAGGUCGUCAGGGAGCGUUGGUAUGAAAGGAACGACUGGAAGGAGGAGUGGAACGACCGUGAUGCAAAGGGUUGUUGUCUUCCUGGCUGGACGUGGCCCCACGAGAAUCCCGAUUCAGAUGCCCCCCCCUGGGAGGAGCUCAAUUCGCUAGAGGAUAUUGACUUUACUCCUUCCGAGGUCGACGCUCUGGAGGAAACUGUCGGAUUCGACCCCCAGGCCAGGGCGGAAGAGAUGAGAUUGCAGGCUGAGAGAUUGCAGGCCACCAGAUGGGAGGCUAUGAGACGGGAGGCUAUGAGACGGGGUGGGCUAUGA